AUGACCAACCUUGUAUUUACAACACCAGAGUUACUAAUACUCAUUGGUGAUUAUAUUGAACUUGUAAAAAACUCUACAUAUUUUCAUCUAAUGCUAGUCUCUACGUUUUGGUGUACUAUAUUUGUAAAAAGAUUGUGGGAAAACCUAUAUCGUGAUUUAAGCUAUAAACAUUAUAAACUUUUAUUAAAGUUUAUGAUACAGUGUAUGGAAUCAUAUUCUAAUAAGAAUAUUCAACCACCUACAUUUAGAUACUUGUCAUUUAUUAAAGCAUUGACUAUUAGUAAAACUUUAUCUGAUUCAUUGAUUGAAUGUAUAUGCAAACAAUAUGGAGUUUUGAAGCAUAUAAAAUAUUUUCACGAGUUGCCAUCUGAUACUCUAGGAAUAUUCAAGAGUAGAAUUAGUGCCGAUACUUUUAUCACAUUAAACCUUCGUUUAUGUGAAUAUAGUGAUAAACUGCCUUUUGACGGUACUACAAAAAUAAGGGAUUUGUCAAUACUCUAUAAUGCCACAACGUAUGAUAUCGAGAAAUUAUUUUCACAUGUAAUAAAAUUAACCUUAAAAGAUGCUUAUAAUAUUAGAACAUUUGAUUUUAAAGAAUUUAAAUGUUUGAAAUUUCUUACUGUGAUAUGA